CGCACGGGCGAACACGUGGCUGCCGCGGAGCCAGAACAGCAAUGGCGGCGGGCGGCGGCGGCGUUGCUGACCCCCUGUCUCCCGCGGGGGUCCCCUGCGCCUUCUCCCCGCAGAGCCAAGCCUACUUCGCUUUGGCGUCUACCGACGGUCACCUGCGAGUGUGGGAGACCGCCAACAACCGGCUGCACCAAGAGUACGUGCCUUCCGCGCACCUCAGUGGUACCUGCACCUGCUUGGCCUGGGCGCCAGCGCGGCUGCAGGCCAAGGAAACUCCUCAGAGGAAAAAAAGAAAAUCAGAAGCUAUCGGAACGAGUAACCAGACUGACUUGUUGGCUCUUGGUACAGCAGUCGGUAGUAUUUUAUUAUACAGUACAGUAAAAGGAGAAUUACACAGUAAAUUAAUAAGUGGUGGACAUGACAACAAAGUUAAUUGCAUACAGUGGCAUCAAGACAAUGGCUAUUUGUAUAGUUGUUCAGAUGAUAAACAUAUUGUGGAAUGGAAUACGCAGACGUGUAAAGUAAAGUGCAAAUGGAAAGGUGACAAUAGCAGCGUCAGUUCUCUGUGUAUCAGCCCAGAUGGAAAAAUGUUGCUUUCAGCUGGUCGAACAAUCAAACUAUGGGUUUUGGAGACCAAAGAAAUCUACAGACACUUCACAGGACAUGCGACACCGGUUUCGUCACUUCUGUUCACUACUAUCAGACCUCCUAAUGAGAGCCAACCCUUUGAUGGAAUUACAGGUCUUUAUUUCUUAUCUGGAGCAGUGCAUGACCGGUUACUUAAUGUCUGGCAAGUCCGGUCAGAAAACAAAGAAAAGAAUGCAGUGAUGUCUUUUACAGUUACGGAUGAACCUGUCUAUAUUGACUUGACUUUGUCAGAAAACAAAGAAGAGCCUGUCAAGUUAGCUGUUGUUUGCAAAGAUGGUCAAGUUCAUCUUUUUGAACACAUAUUAAAUGGAUACUGCAAAAAGCCCUUGACUUCAAACUGCACAAUUCAGAUAGCAACACCUGGGAAAGGCAAGAAAUCAACACCAAAACCCAUCCCUAUUCUAGCAGCUGGUUUUUGCUCAGACAAAAUGUCAUUGUUGCUUGUAUAUGGCAAUUGGUUUCAGCCCACCAUUGAGCGAGUGGCAUUAAAUUCCAAAGAAUCUCAUGUGUGUUUAGUAAGAGAUAUUUCAAACUGCUGGGCUCCAAAAGUAGAAACAGCUAUAACAAAGGUGAGAACACCAGUGAUGAAUUCUGAAGCGAAAGUUCUGGUGCCUGGGAUACCUGGUCAUCAGGCAGCUAUCAAGCCUGCUCUUCCACAAACUGAGGAAAUAGAGAACAAGAGGAAAUUAGGGGAAAAUGAGGUUAGCAUUGAAGAGCGCCUGGGAGCACUGGAUAUAGAUACAAGAAAAGAAAAAGAUGACCUUCCACAGACAAAUAGCUUUCCAGUUCUUCUUGCACAGGGUUUAGAGAGUAAUGAUUUUGAAAUGCUAAAUAAAGUACUUCAAACUAGGAAUUUAAACCUAAUAAAGAGGACUGUGUUAAGGAUGCCCCUGCAUGCUGUUAUUCCAUUGUUGCAAGAGCUUACAAAGAGAUUGCAAGGACAUCCUAAUAGUGCUGUUUUAAUGGUUCAGUGGCUAAAAUGUGUGUUAACAGUCCAUGCAUCAUAUCUAUCCACAUUGCCUGACUUGGUACCCCAGCUGGGGACACUGUAUCAGUUAAUGGAAAGCAGAGUAAAAACUUUUCAGAAACUCUCCCACCUUCAUGGAAAGCUAAUCCUUCUAAUCACACAAGUUACAGCAUCAGAAAAAACAAAGGGAACGACUUGUCCUGCACAAAAGGCAAAAUUGGUGUAUGAAGAAGAAUCUUCUGAAGAGGAGUCUGAUGAUGAAGUAGCAGAUAAGGAUUCUGAUGAGAAUUGGGAUGAGGAAGAUGAGGAAGAGAAAGAAAGCAUAAAAGAUGAGGAUGUUGACGAAGAGAGUGAAGAGGAAGAUGAGGAUACUGAAGAAAAAGAUGAAGAAAAUGGUGAGGACCGAGAUGUGGCAAGUGAAAAAGAAUUAAAUGGAGAUUCUGAUUUAGAUCCUGAAAAUGAAAGUGAAGAAGAAUGAAGAUAGAAAAACAAGCCAGUUGAACUGUAUAAACUCUGGCUCUCCUUACCCAGGGCUACCCAGUUCUCCUAGGGAGGGUUAUCUCUGUGACAGGAUGCCAAGGACCGUUGCACAUUUCCAAAUUUCUAAUGGUGGCCCCUCGUACCACCUUGCUGUCCUGAGCACCCCAGACUUAACUGUGUAAAUAAGAGUGUUUCAUUCAAAUGUUAAUAAACUUUACACAGUAAAUAGAUACAUUUUCUGCUAUGUACUGACAUGUGUCCAAUAUAUGGUAUAUUUUUAUAAUUCCCUAGUAUGAUUGGUUAUACCAAGAAUUGACAAAAGUGAAGAUAAAGACAUUUCCCAUUUAGGGAUUCAAGAACUGGACUUUUGUGAAGGAGUCAGCUUUUAUCUCAGGUUGGUAUCUUUCAUCAAAUCUAGAUGUAAAACAGCACUAGUGAAAAAAUUUUUAAUUUGGUACAUUUGAUUUGGUACAUUUUCAUAAAAUAUAAAGGGGUAACUAAAAACUGGAGUAAAAUGAUUGUGAUUAAAAAAAUAAAAUCACCAGUAUCCCUAGCUUGUCUGUUAACUGUGGUGAUCUGAUUUGAGUCAGAUUGAGUAUUUGGAGUGCUUGCCAAAAACAACCACUUAUUUUUUAAGCUGUCAUUUGAAAUAUUUUUUUAAAACACAGGAAAUUAUGGUAAUUAAAAAACUAAAGAAUUAGCCAUAUUAAGGAUUUUUCUUGACUUCUGGUUGCCUGUAAAGAAUCAUCAGUGUAUAGAUUUAGAAGUGCUCAUUACCUACAACUUUUAAAAAAAUUCAGUUAUAGCUGCUUUUGAAGAGGUGUUCAUUUUUAUUUAAAUUACUAAUGGAUCAAAGAACAAUUGUUUAUUUUUUCUCUUUGGUUUUAGAUAUUAAUGAUAACCUUGUUGGAGUUUUUUUCCAAAGAAAAUAUUUUUAUAAUUCAGUAAUUUAAUGUGUUCCUUCUUUUUCAUUACCCACCCUUGGCAGUGUUAGGGCAUCUAUUACCUUUAAAAUUAUAAAUCUGACUGAAGAUUUUUUAUGUAUGUAUAGAUAGGUAUUUUGGUGUGCAACAAAAGCUUUUCAAAUUAUUGGUAAUCUUUUUUUUUUUAAGAAUGAGCCAGUAUUUGUUCAGUGCUCUCUAGGGAACAUGCAGAUGGAAGCUCAACUCUAAGGAAGAGCUGGGGAGAGGGGUUUAUUUUUCCCACCUGUGAAUAUGUAAAACACAAAAUCAUUAUCUCCGAGGGACUUUUUAUCAUCAGUGGCAGAACAGAGAUGUCUGUGCUCAACUAAUGGAGCUGGAGCCGUAUAAGCAUCGUGGGAAAGCAAGUUUGAGCCAGCUACUGGUGUAAUGUACAGUUAUAUUUGUCUAUAAAUGGAGCUGUUUAUGGCAAUUUAAUACCAUUCUCUUUGUAAAGUGAAUAAAUAUUCAUCUUUA